AUGGCCCUGCAAAGUUUCGAGGAGGACCUCUUACGAAGAUGGUUUCCUCCCAACGCUGAAGAGACGUCGGCACCCUUCACCGAGAACGACAUUCGCGAGAUCGCAGACGUGUUGACUCGCUGUGCACGGGAGCGCUGGAGCCGGGUCCCAAGAGUUUAUAGCAUACUCAGGAAGAUUGGCCAGCUAGAGACGAUUGACGCAUUCAUUGACAGCGACAUAACAGACGUUUACUUCCCAUUCACCAAGAGUACGCUACCGGAGGCGCUCCGCGAUCAUUCUGCACGACUCAGAUUCCUCGAAUUGCAACACCUCGUCUACAACCGGGAAGCGCUAAGUCUUGAGCGACAUGCGCCUCACGGACACUUCAACGAUUCUACAGAGGUACCUUUCAAGAAGGUUGGAGAGUUAGGCAAGGGUGGAUUCGGAUACGUCGAUCGCGUUGUCAGCACUAUAAGUCAUAAGGAGUACGCACGCAAGCUCAUAUUGAGAGGAAAGACCUUCAAGAAGGACAAACAAGUCUUGAAAGACUUCACGACAGAGCUAUGGAAUCUCAAAAGGCUAUCUCACAAGCACCUUGUUGAGUUGGUCGGCAGUUAUACGGACAGGAAAUUCGUAGCCAUCGUAAUGCUCCCAGUAGCCGAUGCGAAUUUGCAAACGUUCCUGGAGAGAGCAGACUUGAACGAAAACUCCCGGUCCUUCUUAAGACCCUUCUUCGGCUGUCUGACUUCCGCGCUAUGCUAUCUACACGACAAUCGUAUCCGACACAAAGACAUCAAGCCGUCAAACGUACUUAUCAAGGGCGACCAGGUCUACUUCACUGACUUCGGGACAGCACUCGAUUGGUCCAGCAGUGGUAGUAGCGUCACAGCGACCGCAGCGCCUACGACUCCCCGUUAUUGCGCUCCUGAAGUCAUGGCCUACACCGAACGUAGUUCAUCGUCUGAUAUCUGGUCCCUUGGCUGCGUAUUCUUAGAAAUGUGGACUGUCCUGGAAUCGCGCACGCUCGAAGACUUAGGAGCACACAUGAUUGCGCAUGGUUCUGGCGUGAAGGCGUAUCACUCCAACGCCGAAGCCGUUACCAUGUGGAUAGAAGUUCUUCGACACUCCUCAAGACCACCAAGUGACCACAUUCCCUCCAAUUGGAUUGUAAAUAUGCUACAAGAUAAACCGACAAACCGCUGGAAUAUACACACUCUCGACGAUCAAAUCCAGGAAGUGAGCAUAGACCCAUCAUCAGAGCAUGCGUUCAAGGGUUUAUGCUGCCUUGAGCCAGAUGACGAUACUACCAAUGAAACAGAAUCCUUUGAUGAGUGUUUCGAAGCCGACGCUCGUACACAGCCGCUACAUACUCUCGAACGAAGAGAUUCAGGGCAGCUCGUAGGGCCUGCAUCGUUGGAAGAGCACCGGCUUGAGGAAACAGUGGAAAUUGAAGCCACCAGUUCUGCCGAUCUAUCGUCGCUAUCCCAAGCCGAUGCAUCUGUUCCCCGGAUAUUGGUGAACGACUGCUCUGUUCCUCCUGAGACCUUCGUAAAAGAUAGGAGUGAUUCUUUAGCACGUGAGCUAUAUGAUCCUUUGGUACCAACUAGAUCUACGGACGACACGGAAGAAGCUGGUCCAAAAACCGACGAUAUCAUGCAUUCCGCCACGGACCACACUUUCAGUGGCUCGGACGAUAAAACUCUUCAGGACGACGGGACGAAGCAGGCACAAACGCCACUGUCUCCGACUUAUGUUGCUAUGCCACCCUCCAGCACAGCAUUUCCCUCGUUAUUUAGAACACCAUGGAUUAUGCCUGUCCAGCAUGUAUCUUGGCGAGCAAGAAACCGGCUGGCCAAGCGAAUCGCCACCUUUGGGGAUCUUAUGGUCGCGCCCAAGAACGCAAAGAAGCUCAAAACGGCUUGA